AUGAAAAGGGUCUGUGAAUUAUGGUGUCCCUAUCUUUUUUAUUAAAACUAGGAGUAAUUCAAGCUUUGCUGACUGUCAUUGUCUCCUACAUACUAGGAAGGACUCAUAUCGACUCCAUUCCAAUGAUCAGUGACUGUGGUAUGUAUAAACCAGAGAGAUACGUCUUUCGAUUGGGCUCCGUGUCAGCCGCCAUGUUAAUGGGAGUGGCUAGCGUGGGCGUAUACACCAGUUCUUCCCAGUACAGAAAUAAGGUUGCGUUAUGUCUUGCAGUGACUGGAUCCAUUGGUUUGGGAGUACUCGGAUCAGUCAAUAUAAUGGAAAAUUGGACGUUACAUACUGUCAGUGCUAUCAUAUUUUUAUUCUCAUUUGGUGCAUACAUCAACUUAUUCACAUUCUUAUCAAGACGCUCAAUCUCUUCAUUAUUGUUUAAGUUAAGGAUUACACUAGCCCUCAUCAAUACUAUAACACUUAUCAUCUUCUUUAUACUUCAUUAUGAUUUUGAUAGAUUAAGAGUCAGUAUUGCUAUAUUAGAAUGGGUUUUCUUUUUCAAUGCUCUUAUCUUUCAAUGGACAUUAUCAAAUGAAUUCAAAUCCACACAACUGAUUUGGACCAACACUGAGAGCACUGGAAUCAGCACUACAGACUUAAACUGAUACCCAUACCAACUCAGAAUGAGUGUAUGGGUAUGAGAUUAGAUACUGAAUAAUCAUUAAAUUGUCAUACCAUAAUUAAUCAUGUUAAUACAAACACUGGUUGCACGUUUUUAUUUGUCUUUUUAUUUUAUUUAUAAAACUAUUUAUUAGUAAAGAGAAAUAAUAAUUAAUAGCAAUAAUAAUUUUUAGUUAUACAAUACAAGCAUAAUGCUAUUAUAAUCAAAAUAAUAAUAACCUCAAUGCUUUAAAAUGGAAAUUAAUUCCAAUCACAUUCGUAUUCAUAAAAUUAGUUAUUCUUUAUUAAUUUUAUCACCCCCAUUUGCUUUAAUUUCG